AUGUCUGCAUUAGACACUGAAAAAACAGAUUCAAAUUCACAGUCUAACAGUAGUAGUUCUGGUUCAUAUCUGGCUGAUGCUGAGUCGCGUCCCUACAUGGGGUUCGACAAGAAUGCUGAAGAACAGAUAAGAAAUUUAGCAAGAUCUUUGACACAAGGGAGUGCCACAACUAGUGAAUUUAAUGGCGAAAAUAACGAACUUUCACGCGUUAACUCUUCUGCGACUACAGCUCAAAGAUCAGUCUUUUCUGUUAGUACAUUACCGGGAAUAAAUCCUGUUUUCACCAAUCCAGGAACCGAAGAGUAUGAUCCUCGACUUGAUCCCGAGAACGAUCAAUUCAACAGUAAAGCUUGGGUUCAAAAUAUCGCUACUUUAGCCACUAAAGAUCCAGAAUACUACAGACCGUAUUCAUUGGGCUGUACUUGGAAAAAUUUAGCUGCUUCUGGUGAUUCUGCCGAUGUGACAUAUCAAUCUACAAUAAGCAAUAUACCUUUCAAAUUAUUGGGAAAACUCGUCCGUCUUUGUCGAUCAAAAAAAGAAUCUGACACUUUCCAAAUUUUAAAGCCCAUGGAUGGUUGCCUUAAUGCUGGCGAGCUGUUAGUCGUCCUAGGUAGGCCUGGUGCAGGAUGUACUACCUUAUUAAAGUCGAUUUCUUCCAAUACUCAUGGUUUCAAAAUAUCAAAUGAAUCAACCAUUUCUUAUGAUGGUAUUACACCAAAGCAUUUGAAAAGACAUUAUAGAGGUGAAGUAGUUUACCAGGCAGAGUCUGAUAUUCAUCUUCCACAUUUAACUGUGUAUCAGACACUAGUGACUGUCUCAAGGUUAAAAACUCCUCAGAAUAGAUUUGAAGGUACAGGUAGAGAAGAAUUUGCAAAGCACCUCACAGAUGUAGCAAUGGCAACUUACGGUUUAUUACAUACAAGAAAUACUAAGGUCGGUGAUGAUCUUGUAAGAGGUGUUUCUGGUGGUGAAAGAAAAAGAGUCUCAAUUGCCGAAGUGUGGAUUUGUGGGUCGAAAUUCCAGUGCUGGGAUAAUGCUACAAGAGGAUUAGAUUCUGCCACUGCCCUCGAAUUUGUACGUGCCUUGAAAACACAGGCAACCAUCGCAAAUAAUUGUGCUUCUAUUGCUAUUUACCAAUGUUCCCAAGAUGCAUACGAUUUGUUUGAUAAAGUAUGUGUCUUGUACGAGGGCUAUCAAAUUUAUUUUGGUUCUGCAAAGAGAGCCAAACAGUAUUUCCUUGACAUGGGAUACACCUGCCCACCUCGUCAAACUACUGCUGAUUUCUUGACUUCGAUAACGAGUCCAGCAGAAAGAAUUGUAAAUGAAAGCUUUAUUAAUCAAGGUAAGAAUGUCCCACAGACCCCCAAAGAAAUGAAUGAUUACUGGAUCGAGUCACCAAACUACAAGGAAUUGAUGCAAGAAAUCGAUGAAUCGUUGAGAGAAGAUAAUGUGAAAAACCAGGAAGCACUUAAAGCUGCACACGUUGCAAAGCAGUCGAAGAAGUCUAGACCAACAUCUCCAUAUGUUGUGAGUUAUGGGUUACAAGUAAAAUAUUUACUGAUUAGAAACUUCUGGAGAAUGAUUAACAGUCCAAGUAUUACAUUAUUUCAGGUCUUGGGUAACUCAGGCAUGGCUCUCAUCUUAGGUUCAAUGUUUUACAAAGUUAUGAAAGUUACAGGAACAAACACUUUCUAUUUCCGUGGUGCUGCAAUGUUUUUAGCUGUUUUAUUUAAUGCCUUUUCCUCUUUGAUUGAAAUUUUCAAACUGUAUGAAGCUAGACCGAUAACUGAGAAGCACAAAACUUAUGCAUUGUACCACCCUAGUGCAGAUGCCUUUGCGUCUAUCGUAUCUGAGAUUCCACCAAAAUUAAUCACGUCAGUUGUCUUCAAUAUCAUUUUCUACUUCUUAGUUAAUUUCCGUCGUAAUGGCGGUACUUUCUUUUUCUAUUAUUUGAUUAGUAUAACUGCUGUCUUUGUCAUGUCACAUCUUUUCCGUUGCGUCGGUUCCCUAACUAAGACGUUACAGGAGGCUAUGGUGCCUGCAUCUGUUAUGUUAUUAGCACUGUCUAUGUUUACUGGUUUCGUUAUCCCAAGGACAAAAAUGCUAGGCUGGUCUAAGUGGAUUUGGUACAUCAAUCCACUAGGAUACAUGUUCGAGUCACUAAUGAUCAAUGAAUUCCAUGAUAGAUGGUUCGACUGUAACUUGUUUAUUCCGAGCGGGACUCCUUAUGCUAAUGCCACAGGUACCGAGCGUGUAUGUGGUGUUGUCGGGGCAAGGGCUGGAUAUAGUAGCGUGCUUGGUGACGAUUAUAUAAGAGAAAGUUACGAAUAUGAGCACAAGCAUAAAUGGAGAGGUUUCGGUAUCGGUGUUGCAUAUGCCGUCUUUUUCUUUGUUGUAUACUUGAUCUUAUGUGAGUACAACGAAGGUGCAAAGCAGAAGGGUGAAAUGUUAGUGUUCCCACAAAACGUUGUAAAGAGAAUGCAGAAAGAAAAGAAUAAGAAUAAAAAAGAAAAUCAGGACCUACAGGCAUUCGAUAUUGAAAAAAACAUUAACAAUGAUUCGAGCCAAUCUCAUUCGACGUUAUUAAGAGAUACUGAGGUUCACUCAAUCUCUUCCAAACACUCAAAGAACUAUGAAAGUGAAAGCCCCGUCGCAGCUGAAGAUGAUGGUGUGGGUGAUGUUGGUAUUUCGAAGUCUGAAGCUAUUUUUCACUGGAGAGAUCUUUGUUAUGAUGUACAGAUUAAGAGUGAAACAAGACGUCUGCUAAGCAACGUGGAUGGUUGGGUUAAGCCCGGCACGUUAACCGCCUUAAUGGGUGCAUCUGGUGCUGGUAAGACCACAUUGUUAGAUUGUCUUGCCGAGAGAGUCACAAUGGGUGUGAUUACUGGUAAUAUUUUUGUGGAUGGACGUCUACGUGACGAGUCGUUCCCCAGGUCCAUUGGUUACUGCCAGCAACAGGAUUUACAUUUGAAGACUGCUACUGUUAGAGAGUCAUUAAGGUUUUCGGCUUAUUUACGUCAACCAGCGUCUGUGUCAAAAGAGGAAAAGGACCAUUACGUCGAACAAGUUAUCAAGAUUCUGGAAAUGGAGACUUAUGCAGACGCAGUUGUUGGUGUUCCGGGAGAGGGUUUGAAUGUCGAGCAGAGAAAGAGAUUGACUAUUGGUGUUGAACUUGCAGCCAAGCCAAAACUGCUAGUUUUCCUAGAUGAACCGACAUCUGGUUUGGAUUCACAAACGGCAUGGGCUACAUGCCAAUUGAUGAGAAAACUAGCCAACCAUGGUCAGGCCAUUCUUUGUACUAUCCACCAACCUUCUGCUAUUUUGAUGCAAGAAUUUGACCGUCUGUUAUUUUUGCAGAAAGGUGGUCAGACUGUUUAUUUUGGAGAUCUAGGUAAGGGCUGUAAGACAAUGAUUGAGUACUUCGAAAAGCAUGGAGCACAAGCAUGUCCACCGGAUGCCAAUCCAGCUGAAUGGAUGUUAGAGGUAAUUGGUGCAGCACCGGGAUCUCACGCAUUACAGGACUACUAUGAUGUUUGGAUCAAUUCUGAAGAAUAUAAAGCGGUCCAUAGGGAAUUAGAUCGUAUGGAGAAAGAAUUACCUCUAAAGACAAAAGAGGCCGAUUCUGAGGAAAAGAAGGAGUUUGCAGUCAACUUGUUGCCCCAACUUUGGUUAGUACUUGAGCGUUUGUUUCAACAAUACUGGAGAUCCCCAGAAUACCUAUGGUCUAAGAUUGGUUUAACUUGCUUAAAUGAACUAUUUAUUGGGUUUACUUUCUUUAAGGCUGAUCACACAAUGCAGGGUUUACAAAACCAAAUGUUAGCUAUGUUUAUGUUCACUGUUGUUAUGAACCCUCUGAUCCAACAGUAUUUACCAACAUUUGUUCAACAGAGAGAUUUAUAUGAAGCAAGAGAAAGGCCUUCAAGAACAUUUUCAUGGAAAGCAUUUUUCUGUGCUCAAAUACUUGCUGAAGUUCCCUGGAAUUUCCUAACGGGUACUUUAGCCUACGUGAUUUUCUAUUAUGAAAUCGGAUUUUAUAAUAAUGCUUCUGAAGCUGGUCAAUUACAUGAAAGAGGAGCAUUGUUUUGGUUAUUCAGCUGUGCAUACUUCGUUUACAUUGGAUCUUUCGCUUUAGCUGCCAUUUCAUUCUUAGAAGUUGCUGAUAAUGCUGCCCAUUUGGUUAGUUUGUUAUUUACCAUGGCAAUGUCUUUCUGUGGUGUUAUGGUUACAAAGGCUGAAUUGCCAAGAUUUUGGAUAUUUAUGUAUAGGGUAUCGCCACUGACAUAUUUUAUUGAUGGUCUUUUAUCAACUGGUGUUGCUAAUGUGAAUGUGAAGUGCGCUGAUUAUGAGUAUGUACAAUUUUCGCCACCUGCAGGGCAAACUUGCGGUGAAUACAUGGCAUUGUACAUAGCAGCUGCAGGGACAGGAUAUUUAUCAGAUGCUAAUGCCACUACUGAAUGUAGUUUCUGUGAAUAUUCCACGACUAAUGAUUUUCUUGCAAGAGUGGAUUCUUCCUACGCAAGAAGAUGGAGAAAUUACGGUAUUUUCAUUUGUUACAUUGCUAUCAAUUACGUAUUUUCCAUUUUUGCCUACUGGUUAGCAAGAGUUCCAAAGCAUAGCGGUAAGAUUUCUCAGAAGAAAUAA